AUGCGCCUGUUCUCUCUACUCUCCACCUCGCUUGUGGCAACCUUGGUUGCCGGCCAUCCGGGCCACGAUCUCUCCAAAGAGCUGCGCGAAAGGCUCGAUUUCCUGGCCAACAACAGGAAUGACCUCAGCCACUGUGCCGAGCAAAUGCGGGCUCGCGGGCUCGACGCGAUCAACGCCAGACGAAGGACACAGCUUGCUGAACAUCUCAUGAAAAAGCGGAACUUGGAAGUCCGAGAUAUCUCAAACCCGUAUAACACGACCCACAAAUCCAGCGUCAGCUAUACGGCGCAGACGGAUCUCUCCACGGUGUUUGCGGGGAACAACUCAUGCGUCCUCAGCCCGGAGCAGAUCGAGGGCCCGUACUAUGUCGCCGGGGAGAGGGUGCGUCAAAAUGUCACGGAGGACCAGCAAGGCGUUCCCUUGACCGUCGACAUCCAAAUCGUCGACAUGGACACCUGCAAGCCUAUUCCGGGCGCAUAUCUGGAGAUAUGGCACAGCAACGCCACAGGCGUGUACGGCGGCGUUGUGGCGAGGGGCAACGGCGUCGGCGAGCUCGACAUGUCGAACCUCAACAACACGAUGCUACGCGGCGUGCAGAAGACCGACGACGCCGGCGCCGUUCAGUUCCACACCAUCUUUCCGGGCCACUACAUCGGCCGCACAAUCCACAUCCACGUGGCGGUGCACCUCAACGCGCAGCCGCAGCCCAACGGCACGCUGCUCGACACGACGGCGGCGCACGUGGGGCAGAUGUACUUCGACCAGGACCUGAUCGACGAGAUCGAGACGCGGGCGCCGUACACGCUGAACACGCAGAACAAGACGACCAACGACCAGGACAUCUGGCUUGCUACGGCCGCCCAGUCGUCGGACCCGUUCAUGGAGUACGUGGUGCUGGGCAAGGGCGUCGACGACGGCUUGCUGGCCUGGCUUAGCUUCGGCGUCAACACCACGCUGGCCCGCCAGGUCAGUGCCGCGGCGACUUUCUAUGAGGAUGGUGGCGUGGCGAAUCCGAAUGCUGGAAUGGGUGGUUUCCCGUCUGGAUUCCCAUCCGGCUUCCCGUCGGGGUUCCCAUCUGGAUUCCCUGUCCCCCCUGGAGCAACGCCGACGGCUUCUCCCUCGCCCUCCCCCACUCCGGCACAGAACGAGUGA